GACUUGGUUCAACUCGGUUACCAUUCCGAUUCCCAGUUCGUGUUUGUUGCCCGUGAAGGAUGCCUUCUGCCAACCCCAAACUAGAGAAACAGGCCUCUACGGAGUCCGUGGAACCCUUACGCCAAGCGAUCGUCGUGAUCGAGCACAAGAUACGGAAUCUCGAGAAGCGUAAGGGCAAGCUCGAGUCGUAUAGGGAUUUGCAGAAAAAUGGAAGGGAAUUGAAUGCCGACCAAAAGACAGCGGUGGCGAAGUAUGACGAGGUGCUGCAAACGUUGGACAUUACCCGGGACUUGUACAAACAAAUCGUCAACAUUGCCAAUGACGCGGUUAAGCAGCAGAAGAAAUUGGCGCGGAAGGAGGCUGUCGAGCGUAUGCAACAGGACAUUGCAAAAGUGAAGGAGGUGCUACUUACUCAGCAUGUCUUGGUAAGCGUGAACACCGAAUCCAUUAGGGACGACUUCUUUCACGGAAAGAACGGCGCUAUAAAACUGUCGGAGGAGGAGUUCAAGUACCUAGACAGCCUGUACAAUGAGAUGAUGAUAAAGCAUCAGCGCGAGGAGGGUGAUCUGACGUUCGCUCAACAAGCACAAAAAGUGGCGGAGCACUACGUCGCGAUUGUGGAUGGGAAGCAGCGUGAGGUUAUCGGCACUACUUACAAUAAACUGAAGGAGAUAAUUACGAAGAUCAAUCAAUGCGGCUAUUUUGAUCAAGUUCACGAAUGCUCGGAGGCGACGCCGAUGGAAGAGAUUACCGAAACUGUGGCGGAGGUCAAAGUUACCAACGCGCAGGAGCAGGUCAACGAGGAGUACAGCAACGGCAACGACAGGCACAUUCCACCGGAAUCCAUGAUACCUAUUCCAAAUUUUCCAGUCCAAGUUACCACGCUCCCCGUCGUUUCCGGCGCCGCGCCGGUCUCGGGGCCCAUAUCGGUCGUUCCGCAACCCAUGCCUCAUCCAGCCGCGCCAGUCGACACCCCUUAUUACACGAACGCCACUAACUUCGUUCCGCAACCGCAGCAGCAGCAGCAGCAGCAGCCACCGCAGCAGCAGCAGCAAGCUCAACAGUCCCAGCAACAGCCUCCCCGUAUCAACGACGUUAUAGGCACGCCCAACUUCUUUUUCCUGCAGGAAUCUGAGCUCGAUUCAGAUGUCACGUCGCAAACACCCAUCGUAUCGCACAUUCCUCCCGCAGUCAACGCGCCCAUUCCCACGCAAACCUUCACGAAUCAGAACUUUGCAGGUGCGCCUGUGGGCGUACCGCAGCAGGUCAUAUACCAGCACCAACCGCCGCAGGAUAUAUCGCACAUUCCCGGUUUCGCGAAUCCCAAUCCACCGCCGCCGAUCCCGAUGCCGCCGUCUCAUCAGCAGCCAAAUCUGCAGUACAGCCCGCAACAUCCGACCAGUUUCCAGCCUCAACAGCCACAGCAGCAGCAGAACGCUGCGCAACUGCCGCAGCAAGGUCAAAUGCAAAACUUCACUGAGCAGAGCAAUCAGCAAGAAGCUCAAGCGUCCACAGAGGAAAAGAUCGAAAAUGGUCAGAACGAAAUUCCUGAUCCGGAACAACAACACGAGAGGAUCGAUUGGUGUCAGAUGAGCGAGACCAACGAUUGGAAUCAGUCUGAUCAACAGCAGUCUGUCCAAGAUUGCCAGCAAGCGUCGCAACAAACAUCCCAGCAGGCUUGGGUACCUGACCAACGUGGUGGAUACCGAGGAAGGGGUGGCAGAAGAGGGACCUCUAAUAGCUAUAAUAGCAGAGGCAGGGGAAAUUACCAGCAAAAUGGACGCGCAGGACAAGGCGCGUAUUAUCGCAACGACAGUAACUAUCAAAACGGAUAUCAGCAGCGUACCUGGGGUAACGAAGGAAAUAACGGAUAUAAUACUGGCUUCAAGCGUGGCAGCGGCGGCGGAGCGAGAGGUGCUCGCAACGAGCGCGUUAGCCGCGGACAAUUCAGAGGACAAAGGGGAAGCAACCGCGGUGGAUACGCGCCGCGCGGCAAGCCUCACACGCAAUAAGGGACAAGGAAAAGAGACGCUAUAUAGUUAGCGUAAAUGCACAAUAAAACACACUAUAAUGCUCUGCGAUUUACGAUUCAACUGUCUAUUUAUGAAAAAGCUUAAGUCGAGACAAUGCAUUUGCGAUAUGAGAAACUUCAGAGUAGUAGAGAUACCGUGCAGUAUUGCAUGCUUAAGAAUAUUAUAAAUAUAAUAAACUUUUAUAUUGAUUAAGUGGUUUAAGUGAAAUGUUAGCUUUUCUUAACGCAGAUUUAACUGCGUUACACGUUUCCCUCUUUUUUUUUUUAUUGCAUAUUCACACGUGUAUUAAGUAUAACUUUGAGAAGAUAACGUUUAGUUGUAUACAAACGAUUUUCACAUCUGAUGUGUGUCGUACGAAGCUAUGCAUGACACGAAAGAAAAAAUUCGAAGAAUAUAAUUGCGCGCUGGCAUUUGCGGGUACUUGCGGCUUAGGAUGUUUCUUAAAUAUGACAUUGAACAAAAUAAAACUUUGCAUUUGAAUUUGGUGUUUGUAAUUACGAAGGAGAAGAUUAAAUGUUAAUGAACAAAAAAAAAAGAAGAUGCAGAGAGAUGACAUUGUGAUAUACAAAGGAAAAUCAACCAAAUUCAGAAGUGUGAACCUACCGUGCAAGUAUUAUUGUAUUAUGACAGAAGGCAGGUUUCACAGGGCAACAACAGCUGAUUAACAAAGAUUAGAAAAAUAAUUUUAUUAUAAAAAAAAACAAAAAAAAACGAGAACUCAUACAAACAUUUCAUGUAAAGACUACAAGAACGUAUUUAAAAAUAACGUUAAGAUGAUUGUAAGUGUAUAAUAGGCACGACCAUCUCUUUGUCUUGCGUCAUUUAAAACAAGAAUUUUAGAUACCAGAAAAAAAGAGGAUACAGCGAGCAAUGCCUUCUGAGCCAACUGCUGAGGAUAUUUUUGUCUGACAUGUGAAUUUGAGACGUUACACGUGAACCAAAAUUUAUUCGAGAAAGCAGUAGUUUGGGAGUUGUAAACGAUUCACGAUAUAUAAAAAUCUAAGAAAAGGCAGUUUUUUUUUAUAUAUAAAGAUAUAUAUCGUGAUAACGUACUUCAAAUUAUUAUCGCUCCUUCUCCCGUUUUUUCUGGGUGAUUCCGAAAUUCUUCACGAUGAAUGCGCCUCACACAGCCACGGCUAAGCGAAAGAGAUUGCGGUGCAAUGUCCUUCGUUUACGAUGUAACGCAUUACCUGAUUUUUUUUUGUAUUACGAAAAUGGAAGAAACUGAUUAUUUUUAAAACGAAGAAAGCGAUUAGUGUGCGAGGCUUUAGCAUAUAAGUCGAGUUUAUUGUACAAUUAUUAACUAGACCCAGGAGAGAGAGAGAGAGAGAGAAAAAAAAAGGAUAUGUUUCUUAUACUGCGCCGCCAAUAAGCCACGCACCACACUGAAACGUGUUUAUUGUAUUUCGUUUGUACAUUUGUGUUUAAUCACUAUCCACUCCCCCAACCUCCCUCAUCUCGAUUACGUUAAACUAUCCUAUGAAUACCUGUGUAUCUUCCAAAUAAAGAUCUAAUUCAACCGCA